AUGGCUCGUUCAUCGCAAAAUCUCGAUGAUGAUGGUAAUGCAAAACGAAGUGAUUUCAGAUCACUUUUGAGAACAUCACGUCAAAACGAUUCACUAAAUGAAGAAAGUACAUAUAAUCAUUUCUCCAGUCAACAAAAUCGUCAUGUUCGUACCAAUGAUGGCAAUGAGACAUAUGCAAGACCACGAAAUGAUGAAGAGUCUCCUGUCGUUUUAAGAAAACAGGAAACCAAUCGCAUUGAUAAUAAAUAUACAAGUACAGGUCGCAUAGUCGAAGCCAAAAUCGUUAAUAUAGAUGAUCGAAAAUCUAGCGAAGUACAGCCUCAGGUUCAAUAUUCAACUAACUCUGAUCAUAAUCAAGGCUACAACCGGCAAUCGAAUUCUUCCGAAAGAACACAACGUUCAAGCAACGUUUAUUCUACAACGCGUCCAAUUAAUGUUAAAUCAGGUCCACUUGUAAUUGAUAUUAACAUAUCAGUAAGCGUUGGUCGUAGUAAUUCGCAAAGAACAGAUAGAACACAUAAUAUAAUAGCAACAUUACCACCUAUAAAUUCAAGAGCAACAUUCGACAAUGUUCAUUAUCUUGAUAUAGAUCUUUGUUCACCAGAUCGUACUGCUAAACUAGCAACAGAUGGUACUAUGCGUGAUCGAUCAUUGAAUCAAUCAACUACUCAUUCCCAUGAAAAUCAACAAUAA